AUGACUGAAACUUCAGCCUUGAAGCGCGCAGCUUCCGAAGAGCCCGACGUAUCGAGCGAGCCAUCUAAUGGCGUGAAGAAAGCCAAGAAAGUCGGUACUACGGACCCAACAACAUCGACAGCGGAGCUAGAGAGUAUUGGAGCUACAGAACCAGCCUCAGCUCGCGAUGAACCGAAUGACGAUGUUGCAUUGCAGCAGAAAGAUGCGACAUCCAAAGAUAUCAAGGAGAAUGGCGGCAACGAAGUGCAGCAACCCAGCAAAAUUGCUCCAGCACCGGUACCUACCGAAGGACAUGACUUCAGCGAAGACGAAAAAUCAGUUUCGCCUGACGGUAGCGACGAGGACUACGAUUCAGAAGAAGACGGCGAUGACGAACCCUACGGCCAUGGUCUUGAACGCGACCCCGAUCAAGGUGGUUUGGCGAUGGCCCCCCUUUCCGCCGAAGAUGAGUUGGCGGCAGAGAUUGGAUUUGCAAGACAAGAUGAUGAGUUUGAUGAGUACGUCAAAGAGCAUGGUGUGAAAGCUCUUCACGGGGAUCUAGCAAGCGACUCGGACGACAGUGAGGAAACAGCUGACCGGAAACGGGAAGAGUUGACAGAAUUGGAGAACGAUUUGGAUGCCUAUUGA